AAAUAAUCCAUCUUAUACAUCUUUCUUAUAACUAUGGUUAGCCGUACCUUUUUAUUCCUUUCCGUUGUCUACGUUACUCUUGUCAGUGGAAUUCCUGUCUCCAAAGGGACUGAAGAUCACUCAUCCACUCUAUCUCGUAGAUCUAUUGGUACACACUUAUCUACACGCCAGACACCAGGAGCAAUCAAUCUGUGCAAUUCGCUUGAUGCCAUACCUGUUUCUGGGGAUAUCAUGAAAGGACUGUUGGAUUGCCCAGGCGCAAACGAUAAAAAUAAGAUAGAUCCAGAAGUCCUAGGUACGUCUUCACCUCAAGGACAGACCACAGCCGAAUCUCAAACUCAAGUAUCAGCGCCAGCACCAGCUGAAGCAGGACCAGUGGGACAAACUGAUGGUACAGCCGCUGCUAAUGGAGCAACUGGCCCUUAGGUACUAGUGACAAGAUUAAUUAUAAUUUGC